UUGACAUUUCAUGUCACAUUCAUUUAAAAUUUAUAUAAGUAAAUAUACACAUUUAUGGAUGAAGAUGAAUUGGGAGAUUCCCAAGACAAAAGUUCCAAAGAAGAAAUAUCCUAUUAUUACAGCGAAAUAGUACAAAGACCAAAAACACAAGUUCCCCCAAAAAGAAGUAAAAGUGCAUCAAUCCAUCCACGAAUAUCCGUAUCUGAAGAACUGGCAAUAAUCAACGAAUCAAAGAGCAUAUCAAUCGUAACCAAAUGUAACGAAAACGAACCAGAACCCAUCGAAUCAGUUAGUUAUGACAACUUAUUGGAGCCUGCGGUUAAGUACCCGAUUGUGAGGUACCACAGUGAAAUACAGUAUGACAAAGGGGAGUUCAAGUCGAAGGACUUCCCCAACUACUCCAAUCCAUUGCUUGCCCCGGACGAGUCGAAGCUGACUCCAGACUUGCCUGAAGACCUAAACGCAGUGCGCACCUUACAGAACAUCUACAACAUCAACAAAACCAAAGAGCCCGACUCCAAGCCCGGCCCCUCCAACCGCAAAGUCAGUUCCACGAGCUUCAAAACGGCCCACGAAGUAAUAUCCGAAGACCUGGAGACCAUCAGGAAGAAAAUCAUCGGACCAGACCCACUCCUCACCAAAUUAAUAAUAAAACAAGGCCUGCUAAUGGACUCCAAAAUGGAGGCGUUGAACAAGGUGCAGACCCAGGCCAUCCACUUCACCAGCGAGUACUACCAACCGCCGCCGCCGUACUACGACCCAGCCGUGGAAGGGGGUGGGCGAAUAACGCAGUCCAGGCAAGCCCAGGUGCCUCCACGGAACCCAGACCUGCCCCCGUACUCCAGAUACGACCGGAACAUGCAGCUGCACAACGACGAGGACGAGCUGGGGUUUUUCAAUCAGAAGAUCAGGCACAAGUUCAUACAGAAGGUGUACACCAUCCUGGCGUCGCAGCUGAGCAUCAGCUUGGUGGGUAUUUUGGUGGCGACAUUCGUGGAGCCGGUCAGGGAGUUCAUCCAGAGGGACAUAUUCGUUUAUUACAUCGCAAUGUCAUUUAUGCUAAUUUUAUUGAUCAUGUUAGCUUGCUACCAACAAAUCAGAAGAAUAUACCCCUUAAACUUUAUUUUGCUGUUUUCUUUUACCAUAGCAAAGACCUACUUAUUAAUGUUCCUGGCAGCUACCACCCAACCCUACAUAAUACUAGCAGCAAUUGGGGUAACAACUCUGAGUGUUGUUACCGUCUCAGUUUUUGCCUGCCAAACCAAAUGGGAUAUAACAAGUUGCGGAUUUAUGCUGGCGUUAACCCUGAUGGUGUUCAUGAUGUUUGGACUAAUUGCCACAAUUGUGUACAUGGUAACGCAUUCACGGUUGUUAUAUUUAAUUUUAUGUGGGCUCGGAGUUGUAAUGAUGAACUGGUUUUUAAUGUACGACACACAACAAAUAGUUGGAGGUCGUAGAGUACAACUAUCACCUGAAGAAUACAUUUUCGGAGCAUUGACGCUCUACAUCGAUAUAAUGUUGAUGUUUUACUACUUAGUGGAACCAAUGAGACAAUGUUAGAUCUACUUAAAAUAAUCCGGCCAGGAUCGACAGAAAACUGUUGUUAACACCCAACAAGCACAAAAAACUUCGGAGACACCAUUAUAGGUAAUAAAUGAUGCAGGAGGUCCAGUCAGAAAGCUGAAUUUUAGAAAAACCCAAAAAACAAAAUAAUUAUUUAAUGUAUACUAAUAUAAUAGUUAUUAAAAGCAACUUUAAGCUUGAUAUUUUAAAUUAAUUUACUUUUUUAUAUAUUUUUAAGAAAAUAUAAAAUAUUAAGUA